GAUUUCAAAGCUAAGAUUUGUUCACCAUUUUACUGUGAUAUCAUAACCCUUAUUAUAAUAAUAAGUGUGUUUAAAAAAAAUAUGUGAUUUUAUUAUUUUACAAGAACAGAUACCGGUUCAUUUUAAAAGUGAAAAUGUCUCGAUCAAUCAGAGCUGAAACACGAAGUCGAGCCAAAGACGAUAUUAAACGUGUGAUGCAAGUUGUUGACAAAGUUCGAAGAUGGGAAAAGAAAUGGGUAACAAUCGGUGAAACAACCAUGAAAAUAUAUAAAUGGGUUCCAAUAUCAACCAGUGAACAGAAGAAGAAAAAAGAUAUUAAAGAAAAUGGUACGAGUAGAAAAACAGCCGGUUUAGAUAAUUCCAGUUCGAAUUUCAGUUUAGCCGAAGAUUCUAAUACAUGUUUUUCAAUGGUAAGUGAUUCACAAGGUCCAACUGAUUUUUCAACACAUAUGGCAUUUUCAGAAGACUCAAAUUCACAAAGUAGUGAACCAGGAGCGAAACGUUUAAAGACUGAUUGAUUAUAUAGUUGUGGUUCUUAUUUUAAUUGCACUACCGCAUCUGUAUCAGCAUCUGCAUCCUCAUCAUGAACAAAUUUAUUUACUUGUUCUUAACUAAAGUAUUUGUGUGUCAAGUUUUGAAGUCUGAACUCUGAACUCUCAAGUCAUCCAUCAAUAUAAAUUCAUGUGUGAACACCCCACGCUAUAUUCUAUUCUUUGUUCGCCACUUCUUCGAAAUCAUAAUAAACGAUCGACGAUUAAUAAAAAUAGUGAUCAGAUCUCUUGUUCAUCAACAAACAUGAGAUCUGAGACAUUCUUUAUUUGCUCCCGAAAACGGCAACUUUUUUUUAGCACAGCGGGACGAAAGUUGACAUUAUUCCCCCACAUUAUUCACUCAUUCGUCGCAUUUUAUGUUACAAAAUGUUCAGAAAUGUUCUAGCCAUAUUUCAAACAAUGAUACCACUCUUUUUCUAAAUAUAGCAAUGAAAAUACUGCCGUCAUAACUUAAAAAAGCCCUAUCACCAAAACACAAAAUUUUACAGUAAGGAAAACACAAUGCUUUUUGAUGUGUAAAAGUUGUUUUAUUGGUCAAAAUACUGUGUACUGGGCACUUAUACAGGGUGUUCUAUAAUUGACUGCAGAUCUCAUCGCUUCUUGAAUUAGCUGAGAAAAAAAAGAAGAAAAUACUCUUUACCAAAUUUGGAUAUGAGGCCUAAUUUACGA